AUGGUACAGAAUGGCACGUACCUGAGGAAUAGGUCAGGGGUGUGGGAGGUGGGCGACCACGUGUUCGAUCACGUCUUCGACGGGUACGCCACACAUAGGCAGAUCGAGUCGGACGCAUACAAAGCCGCCAGGGCGCAUGGCCGUCCGCUCAUGCGCGAGUUCUCCCAGUUGUGCCCCAGCGAGCCCGGGACCGUCGUCAAUCGCCUCCGCCACGCAGUCAGGCUCGCUAGUGGCGCUGCCAUGUCCGACAACGCCAACACCACGGUGCUACCACUCGGGGACGACCGGGUGGUGUGCCUCGCCGACGUCACCAAGAGCUUGGUGCUCAUCGACCCGUACUCACUUGGGACGGGCGGCAAGCUCCGAUACGUGGACAGCCUGUGGAUGCCCGCUGGGAGCAACAGGCGGCAGGUGAUCGGGAGGGUGCGGUGCCGGGGAGGGACGAUGGCGCCGGCAUGCGUGCAUUCGUUUGCCGUCACGGAGAAGUACAUUGUUGUGCCGGAGAUGCCGCUCCGGUACUCGGUCACCCGCAUGCUCAUGUCCGAGCGCACCCCCUUAUACAUACUGGACUGGCUACCAGACUCCGGGAGCUACAUGCACGUUGCUUGCAAAUCCACUAGAAGAACUAACGGCACGUACCUAAGGAACGGGCCAGGUGUGAGCGUUCGAUCACGUCUUCGACGGCUACGGCACAUUGGUCCGCGUCUACUUCCACAGGGCGCUCGAGGCCGUGCUACCGGCGCGCACAGGCAGAUCGAGUCGGACGCAUACAAGGCCGCCAUGGCGCACGGCCGUCCGCUCAUGCGCGAGUUCUCCCAGCUGUGCCCCAGCGAGCCCGGGACCCUCGUCGACCGCCUCCACCACGUCAUCAGGCACGUCAGCGGCGCUGCCACGUCCGACAACGCCAACACCGUGGUGCUGCCGCUCGGGGACGGCCGGGUGGUGUGCCUCGCCGACGUGACCAAGAGCUCGGUGCUCAUCGACGCUGAGACGCUCGGGACGGUCGGCAAGUCCCGGUACACGGACAAGCUGUGGUGCCCGUUGAAGUGCACGCACCCGGUCGUGACCCGUGGCGGCGCCGAGGUCUUGACGCUUCUCCCGGACUUCACCCGGCGGGGCUACCUUUUGGCCAGGAUGACCGCUGGGAGCAACAGGCGGGAGAUCCACUGGAAACACGGUGGCGAGCGUAGAGGUGCCUCCUUUCGUGGCAUUUCACUUCAUCAACGCAUACGAGGAGAAAGGCGACGACGGUGCCCGGGCCAGCGCCGUGAUCGCCGACUCUGCGAGUACUACGCUGAUCCUGCUAUCAUCCAGGCACUUGCUCUCCACAAGCUAAGAUCGCCGGAGACCGCCAAGGACUUCCCUGAUUCAAGGGUCGCGCGGUUCAGAAUACCUCUGGACGGCAGCGCCAUGGGCGAGCUGGAGACAGUGCUGGACCCGGACGAGCACGGCCGGGGUGUGGAGUCGAGCACCAUCAACCCAGCCUACGUCGGCAAGGAGUACCGCUACUUGUACGCCUGCACCGCGCGCCGGCCAUGCAAUUUCUUCAACGCGCUCACCAAGAUGGACCUCGUGGAAAAGGAGGCCAGGAGCUGGCACGAGGAGGACAUGGUGCCAUCGGAGCCCUUCUUCGUGGCCAGGCCGGGAGCAACCAACGAAGAUGGUGGGGUUGUCAUAUCAACUGUAAGCACCAUGGACGGUGACGGCUAUGUGCUACUCCUGGACGCGGCGACGUACAAAGAGAUUGCCCGCUUGCGGUUGCCUUACGGCCUACCCUUCGGCUUCCAUGGCUGCUGGAUCCCAGACAAGAACUGA